GAAAUUUAGACGUCGUUGGAAUGUUUUCAUUCUAGCCACCCUUUAUCUUGAAAUAAAAUGAUUCCAUCUUCGUAUUCAUUUGUAUGUUAAGAAAAUCUACAUAGUCAUAACAUUAUUUUUUGGUUUUGUGAGUAUGUUUGGGACAAAGCAAAAACAAUAACCAAUAGAAACAUAGAGAAAAUGGCAUCAUCCAAGUUUGAAAUCGCUUCUUCAUCUCCGUUUGGUUGUGUUUUGACUUUAAAGAACCAUAAUGAUUGUGAUGCAUGCAUUACACAUCCCAAAAACAAGGUGAGAGACCAUGUUAACACUUGCAACGCUGUUCUCAUCUCCUCUGAUUCAACACCUAAUCAGAACAAUAAAAAACCAACAUGGGUUUCAAGAGUUGCUAAAAACAACAACUCUGAAAGCCUAAAUUUCACAAGAAGGUUUCAUAAUAUAUUUGGAGACAAAUAUGAUUCUUCAUUAUCUGCAUUGGUGAGUCCAAGGCAUUCAAAGACUAUUGAUCGUUGGGCUGCAAGGCAAGCUCGAGAAGUAACAAAAAAUAUGGAGAAUAAUGAAGGUGUUGUUCAUGAUGUGUUGCAAAUUUUUCCUUCAAGGUCAUCAAGUUUCAAUUCCAGAAGAGACAGAGAAGUUUCUGUUUCCCCUCCUCGUUCUGAUAGUUCAUUUGAAAGUGAAAAAACAUCAAACCUUGGUGCUUCUUCCCUUGUUCAAAUAUGGGAAAAAAGGCUCAACCAAUCCAAUUGCACAAACCAGAAUGAGACGUCAGUUGGAAGAACUAAUUCUGAUGCAAGCAGCAAUGAAAUGAAUGCAUUUUAUGUAGAAGAACAUAAUAAAGUCUUAGAAGAAGGAGAAUCGUGUGAUGAACCAUUUUCGGAUUGGGAAUAUGAUAAAACAGGACAAAGUAGUGGUCAACCUUGUUCACCAAAACUGCAUUGUAAUUCAGAUGCUGCUGAAAGUGAGAGGAGCAGGGUUGCUGAUAUCAUCAAGAAACUCUCAGUAACAAAUCAAAUGCAAGGUGAUGACAAUGAUCACGAGGUGAGUAAUAUUAAUGUGACUAGUUCUCCAUAUAGAGAGCGUGAUCGUGCUUUUACACCAAAACAAUUAGUAGAAGAAAAAGGUUUUUGUCAGGUCACAAGUUCCCCACGGAUUAGAGGGCGUCAAGCAUUCAAUGAUUUGAUUAUGCAAUUUGAGAGUGAUCGACGUGGAGAGCUCAACAAUCUUGUCGAGCGUGGUGCGGUUUCUAAGUUUACACAAAGAGGUCGUAUUCAGUCAUUACUUCGACUUAGAUUGUUGCAACGUGGAGUAGCAGCUUUUGAUCCAUCACACCCAAAAUCAACGACAUUUGAAGGGAACAAACAACUACAAGGAUCAACAAUUAUGCAAAUAAGGGAAAGAUUUAACACAGGAGAUGAACAAAGAACUUCAUCCCUCACAAAGGUAAACAAUCCUAAACAACUUGGCAAAGAUACCGUUGGCUGCAAGAAAAUCAGUGACAUUCAUAAUAAGCAAAAUUCAGUGGCUCCUACUACUAGUGCCGUUAUGAAAGAAGAAGUUUAUCCAGGUUAUGGUUUUGAAGCUCAAAAUGAUGAUCCAAAACAAACUAUUGAAGCAACUUCAUCCAAAAUUGAUUCAAAAGCAACUGAAAUGAAUGAUAAAGUAGAAGAAAAAGACCAAAUUAGGUUUGAUACUAUUGAAGCCAAUUAUAAUGAGAUAUUAGACGAAAAAGAAGGUAAUAAUCAAAAUUGUGAAGAAACUAUAUCUAGUUAUGACUGGAUUAGUCCUAUUUCUCGGCCUAGAAGCUACUGGGAAAAACUGAGACAGGAGUGGUAUAAGGAAAUGCUUGACUUUGGAUCUGACAAUGAUGAGAGGCGUAAGCUCCUUGAAAGAAAAACAGUUUCAACUGUACUUUCUAGUGACUUUCGAGUAAGGAUGGAUAAAUUGAUGAACUCACACAUGGGAACACAAACACAACUAGUUAAUAAUGGAUGCAACGAAGAAGACGAAGAAGGGGGUAUGGAACAAUUAAUGGAAUUUUUUCAUGAUCGUUUACGUGUAAGGGGCAAUCCUAAAGAGAAGGAAACAGAACACGAAGAUGAAAGCAUUAAUGGUGGUUCAGAUCACGAACUUGGUGAUUAUCAAUCUUCACCAUCAGUACAUACACCAUCCUCAACAACAUGGAGUUAUAGAGACAGUGGUGGUGGGGAUGAUUCUGUUCAUAGAGUUGCAUUUGUAUCCUCACCAUUGCAUUCUCAAUCUCAAUCUUUCUAUCAAGAUAGUAGGCAAUACUCUUCACCAUCAAAUCACCAUUCAAUUGAAAUGCAAUUCAUAUAUGAUUUGCGAGGCCAAAUGGAACAACUUUCUAUUGAGAUGUCUGAGCUAAGGAAAACAAUCAAAAACUGCACAGACAUGCAGAUGCAAUUACAACAAUCCAAAAAACAAGAGGUUCACACAGUUAAAGAAAAGAAAAUCAAUAACAAAACAUCAAAGAAAGUCAAUUGCUGCAUUUGCAAGGAGAAUAAAGUAAACUCGAUUUUAUACAGAUGUGGACACAUGUGUGCAUGUCUUGAAUGUGCCAAUGAGUUGCAACUAAAAAGCAAAAAGUGUCCAAUAUGCCAAACUCCAAUAAUAGACGUUGUCCGAGUAUAUACUGACACAGAAUAUUUACAUGAUGGACAAACUCUAGCUGUGGAGGAUUACGUCCUUUGAGAGUAUGUUCAUUUAUUGUUCAACUCUCCCUCCAACUCAUUCUUAUCUCUCAAAACUUUUUAUUUUAUUCCAAAUCCAAAUCCUCUUUUAAUCUAGCGAUCAACUUUUUUAGU